AUGUCCAACUACACAGUCCAAUCAGGCGACACUUUCGCUAGCAUCGCUACGAAAAAUGGAACAACGAUAGAUGCUUUGGAGAAAGCAAAUCCGGGAGUGAAGCCGACUGCACUUGCAGUUGGACAGGUCAUCAACCUUUCUACCAAUAUGAGCAGUUCAUAUACUAUCAAGGCAGGCGAUACAUUGGGAGCAAUUGCUGCAAGUCAAAACAUCGAUGUGUCAUCAAUCGAGAGAGAAAAUCCUGGCUUGGUUCCCACAAACCUUCAAGUUGGCGCUCAAAUCAAGAUACCUUCUUCAUGCUCAAAUCAACCGGCAUUUUUAACAAAACUAUCAGCUCACUCACAUCCUCAACCUCCAACUCAUAGUCCACCUCGAGCAGCAAAGUCACACACAAUCCAAAGCGGGGAUACCUUUACAGUCAUAGCAACCAAAUAUGGAACCACAACAGAAGCAAUUGAAGCUGCCAAUCCUGGGACAACCUCAACCGCUCUCCAAGUCGGUCAAGUCAUCAACCUACCAAAAGGCCCAAGCACUCUCCAAUCAUCAAUUACUCAACUCUUCAACCUACCAAAUACCAUCAAAAAUCAUCUAUCACCAGCCCCUCAACUGUUCAACCCAAACCUAGGAGCAGGCUGUGAAACCGGCCACGGCUACAAACCAUACAGCGGCCCACCAUGCAACUACCCACCCCAACACCUCUGGGCACCCUACCCAGUCCUCUGGUCUCAAAACGCGCCCCUAAUGGCCCAUCACAACACCCCCCAUCAAAUCCGCAUCAUCGACCGAGCAAUUCAUCACUUAGCCUACGAAACAGGACUCGAUCCCCGGGCCAUCCUCUGUCUCAUCAUGCAGGAAUCCGGGGGAAACGUCCAUGUAGGCACGACGUUCAACGGCGUUACUAAUACGGGCUUGAUGCAGGCUUAUGAUGGGGUUUCGUUCGAUCCGAGGUGGGAGGAGGAGAGUAUCUUCCAGAUGAUUAGGGAUGGGGCGGCGGGGUCGAGGAAUGGGCCGGGACUGAGGCAGGCGUGGGAGGGGAAUGGGUGGGAUUACUUUGUUGCUUUUAGGGUUUAUAAUAGUGGGAAUGCUAACUUGGAGGAUUUGAAUGAUCCUAGGGGUGCGACAGGGAGUUAUGUCGUGGAUAUGGGGAAUAGGUUGAUGGGCCAUGUUUGGGGUGGUAUGUGA